AUGAUUACACGUGAUCGCGAUGGCGGUUGCUCAGACGACCCACGUACGACGCCAGAUGGCGCUCAGCUCGCUCCGCUACAUAAGAGUGCCGCCCGAGACCGGAUCGAGCUGCCGCCGCGGAACGGAGGCUGUGCAUUGAGUAGCCAAAGUUUUGUAUCGCAUUUCAACACCACUUUGGAGUCUCUGCGCAAGAACAUGGCCCGCAGAAAGGAAGUAUCGACACGUUUGAUCAAGCCGACCGAUGAUCGAGUGGACGUACCGCUGCUGAUGCAUUAUCUUUAUCACUGGGAGGCGAGGUUUGAAGAGGAUGGCGUAGUAGCCGUCUACGACGAGGGACUUCCUCAGUACCUCCUCUGCGACAAACAAUCGCAUCACAUCUUCUACGCCGCACUGGUAAUGGCUAAGCCAAGUCUGCGAUGCUCCCUGAGCCAAGAGGAACCUCCGAACGCGGACGUCAGCGCUCUGAUUGUCGAAGGAUUGUCUGGUGAGCCCGACGAGCUGGAGGCGCUCAAGAAACUGAGGGAAGUGAUGACAAAACGAGGCUACAAAUUUCCUCACUACUGA